UGAGAUCACACAAAGAUGCGGUCACAGAACGAUAUACAUCGCUUUUGGCGACGGCCACGACGCAAGUCACGCCGCUUUAAGAAGGGAGCCCGAAUCCGGAGAGAGACACAGGUCGUCGAGGACGAGAGGGAAGAUUGUCGAGACAUGGGGGUAACGAAAGAAGAAGUGGAAAUCGCUUUGAAUUCGAGUCUUAACCCUUCUCAUCUGGUAGUGAUCGAUACGUCCGGAGGGUGCGGAGCGAGCUUCGAAGUGACUAUCGUGUCGGAGCACUUCGAGGGUAAGCGGUUGCUGGAGCGGCACCGCCUUGUGAACACGGCACUGGCGGAGCAGAUGAAGCAGAUCCACGCCCUCUCCAUCAAGAAGGCCGUCACCCCUGCCCAGUGGAACCCCAACCCCACCGCCUCGCAACAGUAACCGCUCCAUCAAGAUGCCUCUGCUUCUGUCGGCAUAGAUAUGUGUACUGCUUUCAGGCUUUUUAAGAAUUGAUCUCAGUUAUGCUUUUUGCUUGA